UUUCCCAAUCCUUUUUGCUAGCCAAAUUUAUUAAUUAAAUUAAAUUUUUAUAUUUGAUGCCACCAGUUUUUUUUUCCUUCUUUAAUUUCUUCGUCUCGCGGCUCUGUCAAAACGAAACAAAACAAACCCUCGUUUUCUUUGUUCUUUGUCACUGGCCCAAAAGGAAAUAGAAAAACAAGAAAACAAUUUUAUUGUUUUUUUCUUUCCUUCCUCCAAACGAACCCUAAGACAAAUUUAAACGAAACGGAAGAGAGCAAGAUCGAGUCAGUCGUGAAUGCAGAGAUAAAAUCGCUGUGUUGAAUCGGUCGGAAGAAGAUCUGAGUUCGAGUUAUAGACAGAGUUAAUUUUAUAAAUGGGCGCGGCGGGUUCGAAACUCGAGAAAGCUUUGGGCGAUCAGUUCCCUGAAGGCGAACGAUAUUUUGGCCUUGAAAACUUUGGCAACACCUGUUAUUGUAACAGCGUCUUGCAGGCACUUUAUUUUUGUGUCCCAUUUCGUGAACAGCUGCUAGAUUAUUAUUCAAGUAACAAAAAUGGCGCUGAUGCUGAAGAUAAUCUGCUGACAUGCUUGGCAGAUCUGUUUACACAGAUAAGUUCACAGAAGAAGAAAACAGGUGUCAUUGCUCCAAAACGCUUUGUACAGAGAUUGAAGAAACAAAAUGAGCUUUUCCGCAGCUAUAUGCAUCAGGAUGCUCAUGAGUUCUUGAACUUUUUGCUAAAUGAACUUGUUGAUAUACUGGAGAAAGAGGCUCAAGCAGCAAAAAAUGAGGCAGAAACUUCAUCACCAUAUGAAAAGACUGCAAAUGGGACAAAGAAUCCACAGGCAAAUGGUGUUCAAAAAGAGCCUCUGGUUACCUGGGUACACCAAAAUUUUCAGGGAAUACUUACCAAUGAGACAAGAUGCUUGCGAUGUGAGACAGUGACAGCAAGAGACGAAACUUUCUUUGACUUGAGCCUUGACAUUGAACAGAAUAGCUCAAUAACUAGCUGUUUGAAAAAUUUUAGUUCUACUGAGACAUUGAACGCUGAGGACAAGUUUUUCUGUGACAAGUGCUGCAGUUUGCAAGAAGCCCAGAAGAGAAUGAAGAUAAAGAAGCCUCCUCACAUCCUUGUUAUCCAUUUGAAGCGGUUCAAGUACAUUGAGCAGCUUGGCCGGUACAAGAAGCUCUCCUACCGUGUUGUGUUUCCGCUUGAGCUGAAGCUGAGCAAUACCAUGGAAGAUGCAGAUUCGGAGUAUUCUCUAUUCGCUGUAGUUGUUCACGUGGGAAGUGGACCUAACCACGGUCACUAUGUUAGCCUGGUGAAAAGCCAUAACCACUGGUUAUUUUUUGAUGACGAAAACGUGGAGAUGAUUGACGAGUCCGCAGUUCAGACAUUUUUUGGGUCAGCCCAGGAGUAUUCAAGUAAUACAGAUCACGGGUAUAUCUUAUUUUAUGAAAGCCUUGCUGCAAACAACAAGAGCUGAGAAGGGGGUUUCAUUUUACCAUGAGUUACAAUGAGUAGGUAUUCUAAUCACUCAGACCUCAUUCUUCUUGAAAUACCUAUGCUUAUUAAUUUUUUCGCUUCUUUUUUUUUUCUCAUUUUCCAACCUUGUGGGAAGAUCUGGCAGAUAUCAGUGAGAUAAUGUGGGUUGUGAGAAAAAUGUAUACUUAGGUUGUUGCCAUGUACAGUGGAUGGUACACUAUCCUUUUGUUUCUUUUUUUUUUUUUUUCUUUUUUUUUUUUCACAAUAAGGGGAAGAAAAGAGCAGUGUAUAUGGUGUGAGAAUAUCACAGAGACAGUUUGUAUUCUUCAUGGUUGAGAAUGUUUUAACAUUAGCAAUGCAAUUGGGAUUCCUUCCAACUUCAUAGCUCGAUGGUUUUUUUAGUUUUUUUUUUUUCUUUUCAAAAAACAAAUUCAGAUCCAAUAACCAAUAUUCCACUCAUCCAGACACUGAAUAUCAUUAUUUGAGUAUCAAAAGGAAAAGAGAACAAGCAACAGUGCAGCUGGAAAUAAACGAACUUUGCCUUUGGGGAUUUUAUAGCUGCAUGAUGGACCAUAAAAAAAUACCUUUGAUCGGCACCAUGGCCGAUAUAAUCUGCAAAGUUGGUAGGCCAAUAUAAUUUCAAAAAUAG